AUGGCGGAGCUGAAGGGGCUGCCAUGCCCCGCGGGAAGUUAUCACUACGAUCUCGGUACUUACAGCCGCCGCAUCUCUACCAAGUCCCAGGAUGCUCAGAAAUGGUUCGACCGCGGCGUGAUGUGGUGCUACGGCUUCAACCACGAGGAGGGUGUCGUCUGCUUCCAGCACGCCAUCGAUCAUGACCCCGAGUGUGCCAUGGCCUACUGGGGCUUCGCCUAUGCCCUCGGCCCCAACUACAACAGGUCCUGGCAGCUGUUCGGGAGGGAUGAGUACAAGAACGUGCGACUGCAAACUCACAGGGCCGUCGAGCGGGCAAAGCUCUGCCAGGCAACGCCCGUGGAGAAGGCACUCAUCCGGGCCCUCGAUGUCCGGUAUCCGGGACAGGACGCUAAGGAGAACUUCUCAGUCUGGAACAUUGCGUACGCUGACGCGAUGGAGAAAGUGUAUGGCGACUUCCCUGACGACUUGGACGUCGCAGCGCUGUAUGCCGACGCCAUGAUGAACCUGGCGCCCUGGCAGAUGUGGAGCGUGGCGACCGGCAAGCCUGCCAGGGAGGCGCGGACGUUACAGACCAAGGCAGUCCUCGAGAGAGCACUUGCCAACGGCGGCGACUGGCACCCCGGCGUCAUUCAUCUGUACAUCCAUCUCAUGGAGAUGUCCCCGACACCGGAGGCCGCCCUCAAGGUCGCGGACCGUCUUAGGGGCAUGGUGCCGGACGCGGGCCACCUCCACCACAUGCCUUCACACCUUCAUAUUCUGUGCGGCAACUACCAAGAAGCCGUCAAGUGCAACGCAGAAGCCGCCGAGGCCAAUGAGAAGUACGCGCAUCGCAACGGAGACCUCAACUUCUACACCGUCUACCGCCUGCACGACUACCACUUUCUCGUCUACGCGGCCAUGUUUGCAGGCCAGUACAAGGUCGCCGUCGACACCUGCAAGAAGCUUGAGGACUCCAUCAGCGACGAGCUCCUCCUCACAGGCACGCCGAACAUGGCCAACUGGCUCGAGGCCUUCUGCACCCUGCGCCUCCACACCUACAUCCGCUUCGGCCGGUGGGAGGAGCUCGUCGCCCUCCCGCUGCCGGCGAACCCGGACCUCUACUGCGUGACCUACGCCAUGACGCACUACGCCAAGGGCGUCGCCCACGCCGCCCUCGGCAACAUCGCCGAGGCUGACUCGGAGCGCGAGCUCUUCCGUGAGGCCGCCAGCAAGGUGCCCGAGUCCCGCACCCACCUGCACAACAAGUGCGUCGACAUCAUGAAGAUCGCCUCCGACAUGCUCGACGGCGAGAUCGCCUACCGCAAGCGCGACUUCGACGCGGCGUUCGCCUGCCUGCGCCGCUCCGGCGCCAAGUCUGACCUGCUGCCGUACGAGGAGCCCUGGGCGUGGAUGCAGCCGCCGCGGCACGCGCUGGGCGCCCUCCUGCUGGAGCAGGGGCACGUCGAGGAGGCGGCUGUCGAGUACGCUCUGGACUUGGGCAUACCGGACCCCAGGACGGGUGCACCGCUGCCGCGCCAGCUCCGGCACGAGGACAAUGUGUGGGCGCUGCAUGGGUAUCACGAGUGCCUGGUCAGGUUGGGCAGGAGAACUGAAGCGGAGGACAUCAAGCCCCGGCUUGAUAAGGCGCUGUCGAUCGCAGAUAUCAAGAUUGAAUCGUCCUGUUUCUGCAGGAGGGGGAAAGCUGCUGCUGGUGGCUGGUCUGGGAAAAGGGGUAAGAAGUCUGAUACGGACUCAGCUAAGGUUCCGGGCCCGCGCAUCUAG